AUGUCACCGUUGAUGGUUGCCUUUCGCAAAGGCCACGUCAAGGUUGUGGAGCAUAUGGUUCAGCAUGUAAGGCAGUUUCCGGGAGAUCAAGAACUGUCGCGGUAUCUCACAACUAUAACUGAGCCGGAUCUCAUGCAGAACUGUAAAGAAUGCAUGGAACUCAUCGUUAAAGCAAAGAACGCCCAGGCAGAAGAGGCCAAUAGGGCUGCGGAAAGUCUUUUAGCGCUGCUGGCUGAAGAGGAAGAAGCCGCUCGAUCGAAGAAACAAGCAAAGCUUCGUAAGAAGGAAAAGAAGAAGGAGAAGAAAGCAAAAAAGCAAGAUGGAAAUGAGAAAGAGCGCAACCCAGUGUCACAACCCGAGCCGCCGUCUCGUUCAGAGGGUUCACCUGCUAAUAGCAGAACAAAAGAAGAAAGUGAAGACUACUCGGAUGAUGAGUCAGAUUCCCUAGCAGCAAAAAAGGAGCGCUCAUCUGCGCCAGCAGACUCCACGGUAUGUGUAUCACUCUAUGUUUCUUUCUCUUGUGGAUAUCGCUACCAUUAGUU